AUGUACGCCAAGCUACUCUCUGAUCUCAAUUUUAACGUCGGAAUGAUACGCGAGGCCAAGCUUCGGGCUCAAAAUGGACUCCCAACUUUUGUAUAUCUCACGGAACACUUUAACAAGGCCAUCUAUCCGGAGGGUUAUGAGGUGACAGGUGCCACACACGUCUCCGAGCUCCCAUAUAUUUUCGAAAUAUUUCCUAGUGGGAAAUUUGCUAUUAAUGGCGAUACCGUGGAAGAAAGUGUCAACAAAAUUUUCCAACAAACGAUGAUCAACUUCGUAAAAACUGGGCGACUAUUGGCACUGCUGUCCGUCACCCUUGUCCACGUUGCGUUUGCAACGGCCGGCGGAGACAACGGUGACACGUGUGACACGAAUCAGUGCAAGACGCUAGACUCGGGCGGCUUCUUGUACGAAUGCUUCUGCACGACCUGUGACACUUCCACCAGCACUUGCGCUGCGCCAACGACCGCUGCCGUCGUGACCACCCAGGCCGCAGCUGUCACUACAGCUGCUGCAGGUACCACCACCAAGGCCGCUGCCGCUACCACUGCUACCACUGCUAAGGUCACCGCCGCCCCCGUUGCUACCACCAAGGCCGGUGCCAGCUGUGGCGUUGACAACUCGAAUUGCGCCACCUGGGUCAGCAACGGCUUCUGCACGUCCACCUCCUACACGGCCGCCCAAAAGCUGCAGUACUGCCCCAACUAUUGCAACCAGUGUGGCGCUACUACCACCAAAGCCACAACGGUGAAGACAACAGUCAAGACCACGGCGAAAGUGACGGUUAAGGCCACGACCGCCAAGUUGUGCCCGGCUGACACGAAUGCCAACUGCGCGACGUGGGCCGCCAACGGCUUCUGCACAAACCCCGGCUACACGGCCGCCCAGAUUGCCUCCUACUGCUCGCGCACCUGCAAAACCUGC